AUGGUUGUGUAUGAUACCAGUCCGGCUACCGGUCCCUUUAGCCUCGCUUUCAAACCAGUCCGGAUACCGGUCCCUUUAGCCUCGCUUUCAAACUUUUGGCGGCCAUCUUGUAUCUCAUACAUACAUACAUACAUAAUUGAUGAUAAACUCUCUUGGUCUCAGCAUGUUGCAUUGGCUAGAUCUGCAUUUAAUGCCAAAGUUAAAAUGUUGAGACGUAUAAAUUUCCUAUGUACAUCUAUCUUGGAGACUUUUUACUAUAGGAUAGUUAUACCAAGUGUUCUAUAUGGAAUUGCAAUUUGGGGGUCUGGAUCCAAGCUUAAAGAUCUAGAAAUGAUUCACAUCAGGGCUGCCAGGCUAAUUCAUAAGAUACCAAAUAGUUUUGGGGAUAAUGAUGUACUUUCUAAGGUUGGCUGGAUGCCUUUAGAGUAUUUUUAUAAGCUACGUAUCUUAACUAUUACAUAUAAUGCUUAUUAUAAUUUAGGGUUGCGGGAAAUUAAUUGUUUGGUGACCAAGAACUCUAACAGUUAUAACCUAAGGAAAUCCCUGAAUGUUGUACUUAAUAGGCCCAAAACCGAAUUGGGUCGUAGGUCCUUUGCUCAUAGAUCUGCAGUAGCAUGGAAUGCACUUCCCGAUAAUGUUAAAGAUUCUCCAAAUUUAUCUAUUUUUAAAUAUAACUUAAAACAAUCCAAGCAAACUGUUAUGAAUAUUAAUUUUGAAAAGGGAGGUAAUGUUAUACAAAACAUGAAACCAAAUUUUCACUAUUACUAAAACUUUAUGGUUUACUUGAUUUAUUCAACUUAUAAAUUUUAUCAUAUCUGUAUUUUAUAUAAUUAUAGACUAAUUAGUUUAGGCAGGUCCACAUCAGCUGUAAAGUUGCGCAAAUUUUAACCUGCGUUAUCAAAUAAAGUUAUGUAUGUAUGUAUGUAUGUA